AUGGCAACUUCACAGGCAGCUAAUCUAGUCGAGAAGCGAAUGUCUCAUGAGCAAAAGCCAAUCACAGAGGAUGUGCCUCAUUACAGCUCCCAUGGCGAGUCCAGCCAAACAAUGAAGGCGCUGACUUGGCAAGGAAAAAACAACGUCAAAGUCGUUGACACGGCGAGGCCAAAGAUUAUUGAUGAUACAGAUGUAAUUAUCAAAGUUACUGGCAGCACCAUCUGUGGCAGUGAUCUCCACCUUUAUCAUGGAGUAAUUCCGGAGAUGAAAAAGGGCGAUAUUCUCGGUCAUGAGUUCUGUGGCAUAGUCGAGAGCGUUGGACCCAGUGCAAAACGGUAUAAGCCGGGGGACAGAGUCGUGGCUUCUUUCCAGAUUGCUUGCGGCAACUGUUUCUACUGUAAGCGGAAACUGUCAUCGGUUUGCGAACAAACAAAUUCGAGUGAAUUGGAGAAGAAGUUGUAUGGGCGCCGCACUGCCGGAAUAUUUGGAUAUUCACAUCUCACGGGCGGAUUCGCCGGUGGCCAGGCUGAAUGGGUUAGGGUGCCAUAUGGCGAUGUGAAUUUGCUCGCAUUGCCCGAUGACGUUCCUGAUGAAAAGGGCCUCUUUCUUUCUGAUGUCCUGGCAACGUCGUGGCAUGCAGUCGUUGAUACCGGGGUCGUCCAGGAUGACAUAGUAGCAAUCUGGGGAGCUGGCCCAAUCGGCCAGAUGGUGGCAGAAUUCAGUUUUCUGCAUGGGGCGAGUCGAGUCAUUUUGAUUGAUGGCGGACCAGCAGCAUGGCGACUUGACUUUGUCAAAAAGCACGCGCCCAAGCUAGAGACCAUUGACUUUAGCAAUCUUUCCAAGGGGGAGAGUGUCAGCAGCCAGCUGAAAAAGAUGUGCAGCAACCGUGGCCCGGACGUGGCAAUCGAGUGCGCUGCCGGUGAGUAUGCGCAGAGUUGGCAGCACUAUUUCGAAACAUUGUUGGGUAUGGAGACAGAUACGUCGGAGCUGCUGAAUGAGAUGAUCACUUCAGUUCGCGCUUUUGGACGCUGUGGAAUCACUGGCGUAUAUGCUGGAUAUGUACGUGCCUACUUGUUUUUUCUGUCUCUUGUGGAAAUCGAAGUCAUACUAACCAUCGGAGCCUAUCAGGUCAAUCAUUUGAAUAUCGGAUCUUUGAUGCAGACCGGGAUUCGCUUGAUCGGCAACGGCCAAGCGCCUGUCCACAAGUAUUGGGACCACCUUUUGGAACUGAUCCAGCAGAAGAAAAUUGAGCCCUUGGACAUGGUGACGCACCGCUUUGAUAUUGGAGAUAUGGAGAAGGUCUAUACCUUGUUUAAUAAAAGAGAGUUCGGCGUGCAAAAGGUAUUUGUUCAGACCAGGCACUCAGCACCUGCAACCAAAGGAGCCCCAACUAUAACAAAGUUGUAA